AUCCAUUUGUAUGCUAAAAAUCUGGAUCAAGAUAAGUAUAUAAAUUUAAUUGAUAAGAUGAAUGGAAUAAGUGAACAUGUUGGUUACCCAGUUUUAAUAGCAAGCAAUGAUGAAAUCAUACCUGUCGACCAGCUGGAUAAUGAUAUGCAGAGAGUCGUCAUAUUUGAUGAUUAUGUGUGUGAAAAAGUACAGAAACCCUUGAUAGACUAUUUCAUCCAAGGACGACACAAAAACUGCUCUGUGAUAUAUCUUACACAAUCUUUUUAUGGAUGCCCCAAAGCGAUCAGAUUCAAUUGUAGUCAUUUUUGUCUGUAUGAUUUUCCAUCUUCAAGAGAAAGAAAUUUAAUAUCUCAAGAAUUGGGAAUUAACAAAGAAAUGUAUAUUAAAGCGACCAAUAAACCAUAUUCUUUCUGCUAUGUAGACAAACCAAUGAAAACAGUGAAGAGAAACUUUUAUGGAAAUAUCUAAACUAUUAGUAUAUGGGUAUCUUAAACAACUAUGAAAAGUAUACCGAGAAUGAUUGUAAUGUAAAAGGACAAGCCGGCAGAGAUGGUAUUGGAUUCAAAUUAACAGAUGAUGGUAAUUAUGAUAUUGAUGGAAAACGAUUGACUAAUGUAGCUGACUCAAUUGAUGAUAGUGAUGCGGUCAGUUUAAAAGUAUUAAAGGAACAUACUCAAGUCAGUCAAAAUAAUUAUCAUUUACAAUCGAGUUUUAAAAUAUAUAAAGAGUUUGGUGACAAGAGUCAAUUAACUGUAGGAUCACCACCAAAUACAUCGCCAAACCAUUUUUUUCAAAAUCAUAAAGCACAUAAUGAUGCUUAUAUAAUUGAGAAAGAAGGUUAUGACACCGGUUUUUAUGGGGAAGCAUGGUCUAGUAUAAAAAUGAAAGGUAAUCAAUUAGAGAGCGGAACUUACACAGCCAUUUUUGAAAUAUUUGUCAUUGGUGAUGCUGGUGGUUGAUGAUACAAUAAUUUAUCAAGUCCAUGGUGACAGUCAUUAUACGAUCAUCACAUUCGACAGUGACAAAAUCAAUAGUCAAUAUACUAAAUCAAUUAUUCAAUUCACAACUGAUGGAAGAGCUGGAGUAAAUGAUGGGAUAAAAUUACAAUUAAAAUAUUUUGGUAGUCAGUACAAUAAAAAUAUAAGAUUUCUCUUUUAUUCAAGGGUUGUUAAGGGUAAACAGUCGACAAGUUUCAACCAUAUUAUUUUUAAUGUCAGUGACGUUGUUGAUAAUCAUACGAUUCUCUAUUUUGAGAAUUUAAAUCUCAAUGGUAAUCUUAUUGAUGGUUUAGGUGAUCCUGUCUAUCUGGAUAGUGCUACUAAUAAAAAAUAUGUCGACGUUGCUAUUGCUGAUAAAGAAAGUAAAUCCAAUGUUCAAAAUUAUAUAAAUAAUCUUAAUUUACUUAUUAGACACAAUCUUCCUAUGGAUGGAAGAAGAUCAAUGACUGGAAAUCUUAAUAUGGGAGGAAAUGAAAUAGUUAAUAUAAAACCAUUUGUUGAAGAUGAUGAUAUCCAACCUCAACAAGACAAUCAUGCAAUUACAUUUGGUUAUUUUCACACUGAGAGAGGAGAAUUAAAACGAUUAAUAAAUGAAGUAGGUUAUAAUGCUUUAAACAGAAAGAAUCCAGAUCAAAUGGAAGAUGAUAUUGAUAUGGAAGAUAAUCGAAUAUUAAAUUUAAAUGAGCCA